CGUUCCGAUAAGAAGUUAUCGUAGUCUUUAGAUUUCCCUCGAAAAAAAAUGAAAGAGUGGGUUCAAGCUGACAUCAUAAACCGUUUUCCAGGUGUAGCCAAAUUUGCAUUUGACCUCGUUCCAAUGAAUUCCCAAUUCGUAUGAUAUGUUAUCUCCAUCAUCCCUAUCCAGAAGUAGACGGUUCCCUGGUUCAUAUUUCUUCAUUGGAAAACCCGGCUUUCUAUGACCGUUUCUCUGAUGCAGCUGGAGGUAACUGCUGAUACUACCACCCUGAGUUAUUGGUUGCACUGGAGGGUCUUACUCUGUGCAGUUUGGGUAGUGACUCCCAUGUUUGUAGCAUUAUUGAUGAUAUGGAAAUAUGAAUAUUUGGACCGUUUAAAAUACAACAGAGUAGAAACCCAGCUAGACGGAAAUCAGAUUUCAUGUGACGAUAAAGCAUGGAGACCAUGUCUCAAAGGAAUUCAUCCCAUUUGGCUGCUGGCUUUCCGUAUUAUUGCAUUCUGUUUACUCUUGGGAACACUAGUUGUCAAAGUUCUUGUCAAAGGAGGUCACAUAUUUUUCUAUUAUACUCAGUGGACUUUUACUUUGCUUACAAUUUAUUUUGGGUGUGGAUCACUCCUCUCAUUAUAUGGGUGUUACCAGUAUCACCUAAUAAGCAGCAGGGAUUUAGAUAUUUGUCAUGUUGGGAGAGAUGUGGAGCAUGGAUCAUCCAUUCCUCUCACAUACAGGGAAAGGACACAUAUACACAAAGCAACAAGUGUCUCGGGUUCCCAGGAAGAAAAUUGUGUUUUGCAAGCUGCAACCGUUUGUAGUUAUGUCUUUGAAGUCCUCUUUCAGAUGAAUGCUGGGGCAGUUAUGCUCACAGAUAGUGUUUAUUGGUUCAUUAUCUUUCCAUUUCUCACCCUCAACGAUUACAAUCUCAAUGUUAUGACUGUGAACAUGCAUACACUCAAUGCAGUUUUACUCCUUGGUGAUACAGCAUUGAAUUGCUUGCGGGUCCCCUUUUACCGGAUUUCUUUCUUUAUUCUAUGGACUGGUGUUUUCGUCAUUUUCCAGUGGAUCAUUCAUGCGUUUGUCUCAAUUCGGUGGCCAUACCCAUUUCUUGACUGGUCAUCACCAUAUGCUCCAAUAUGGUACUUAUUGAUGGCACUGAUGCAUCUUCCAUGCUACGGCAUCUUUGCAUUAGUUGUGAAAGUAAAGCUCUAUUUGUUGUCAAAAUUGUUUCCUCUCUCUUAUCAGUGUUAAAGAAGGGCAAGUAUAUCAACUUGACUCCCUGUGAAGCCAAACAGAUUUUAAGGCUGCACCAGAGUUCCACUCAAGUUCUCCCUGUAGAUGCUUGUAAGUGUUACACACCUGGUGCUCUCCUUCAAGAAUGAUGCAGGACGAAAAAUGGCAGGGGACAGCAGUAGGAAUUUGCUAAAUUCUUUUUUUGUUUUCGGGUUCAGAUAUAUAAUGCAAUCUACAACAGAUUAAACAUUUUUAGACUGAUCUGCCGAGAAAUUUGAAAGGAAGAAAGUGAAAGAAGGUAAAGGUGGGAACUGUGAAAUUGUACAAUAUAGGUUUAUUUGAAUACUUUUAUAAUUUUCCUUCCUAGAUUACUUGACUUUUUGUUUAGCAAGGAGCAGGGUGAUUUUAACCAAUCACUUGCAGUCUUUUUUAUAUUCACGUUA